AUGCAGCGGCGCCUCUCCCUCACAACUCCCCAGAGCAGCGGCGCCUCUCCCUCACAACCCCCCAGAGCAGCGGCGCCUCCUCCUCACAACCCCCUAGAGCAGCGGCGCCUCCUCCUCACAACCCCCCAGAGCAGCGGCGCCUCCUCCUCACAACCCCCCAGAGCAGCGGCGCCUCCUCCUCACAGCCCCCCAGAGCAGCGGCGCCUCUCCCUCACAGCCUCCCAGAGCAGCGGUGCCCCUCCCUCACAGCCCCCCAGAGCAGCGGCGCCUCCUCCUCACAGCCCCCCAGAGCAGCGGCGCCUCGCCCUCACAACCCCCCAUAGCAGCGGCGCCUCUCCCUCACAACUCCCCAGAGCAGCGGCGCCUCUCCCUCACAACCCCUCAGAGCAGCGGCGCCUCCUUCUCACAACCCCCCAGAGCAGGGGCGCCUCCUCCUCACAUCCCCCCAGAGCAGCGGCGCCUCCUCCUCACAGCCCCCCAGAGCAGCGGCGCCUCCUCCUCACAACCCCCCAAAGCAGCGGCGCCUCCUCCUCACAACCCCCCAGAGCAGGGGCGCCUCCUCCUCAUAGCCCCCCAGAGCAGCGGCGCCUCUCCCUCACAACCCCCCAGAGCAGCGGCGCCUCUCCCUCGCAGCCCCCCAGAGCAGGGGCGCCUCUCCCUCGCAGCCCCCCAGAGCAGCGGCGUCUCUCCCUCACAACCCCCCAGAGCAGCGGCGCCUCUCCCUCACAACCCCCCAGAGCAGCGGCGCCUCUCCCUCGCAGCCCCCCAGAGCAGGGGCGCCUCUCCCUCGCAGCCCCCCAGAGCAGGGGCGCCUCUCCCUCGCAGCCCCCCAGAGCAGCGGCGCCUCUCCCUCACAGCCCCCCAGAGCAGCGGCACCUCGCCCUCACAGCCCCCCAUGCAGAAGCACGGCUCGUGCGGUGCAGAGGGCGUGGUGGCUCCAUUGCAUGGACGGGCGGCAGUGGGAUGACUAAUGGCCGGCACUCACUGCGUGCCCUGCUGACCGCUGCUCACCACCGCAUGCGCUCAUGCGCGGAGAGGGAGUGGGGGGCAAUGGGAACUGGAGGAUCAGGGAAGUGCUCCCUCCUUACCUCCUGGGGAAUGGAGUGCCAGAGCCCCAUCAGCCCCAUCACCCCCAUCACCGCCAUCACCGCCAUCCCCGCCAUCCCCGCCAUCACCUCCAUCACCCCCAUCACGGCCAUCACCGCCAUCACCGCCAUCACCCCAAUCACCUCCAUCACCCCCAUCACCCCCAUCACCGCCAUCACCGCCAUCACCCCCAUCACCCCCAUCACUCCCAUCACCCCCAUCACCCCCAUCACCCCCCCCAUCACCCCCAUCACCCCCAUCACCGCCAUCACCGCCAUCACGACCAUCACCCCCAUCAACCCAUCACCCCCAUCACCGCCAUCACCCCCAUCAGUGAGCUGUUCAGCGCGAGUGGAGGUUCAGGGAAAGCAGCGGCGCCUCGCCCUCACAGCCCCCCAGAGCAGCGGCGCCUCUCCCUCACAGCCCCCCAGAGUAGGGGCGCCUCUCCCUCACAACCCCCCAGAACAGCAGCGCCUCCUCCUCACAACCCCCCAGAGCAGGGGCGCCUCCUCCUCACAGCCCCACAGAGCAGCGGCGCCUCUCCCUCACAGCCCCCCAGAACAGCGGCGCCUCCUACUCACAGCCCCCCAGAGCAGCGGCGCCUCUCCCUCACAGCCCCCCAGAGCAGCGGCGCCUCCUCCUCACAACCCCCCAGAGCAGCGGCGCCUCCUCCUCACAGCCCCCCAAAGCAGCGGCGCCUCCUCCUCACAGCCCCCCAUAGCAGGGGCGCCUCGCCCUCACAGCCCCCUAGAGCAGCGGCGCCUCCUCCUCACAGUCCCCCAGAGCAGCGGUGCCUCUCCCUCACAACCCCCCAGAGCAGCGGCGCCUCCUCCUCACAGCCCCCCAGAGCAGCGGCGCCUCUCCCUCACAGCCCCCCAGAGCAGCGGCGCCUCCUCCUCACAACCCCCCAGAGCAGGGGCGCCUCCUCCUCACAGCCCCCUAGAGAAGCGGCGCCUCCUCCUCACAGUCCCCCAUGCAGCAGCACGGCUCGUGCGGUGCAGAGGGCGUGGUGGCUCCAUUGCGGCACGGGCCUUGCUGUUCCAAGGGGAGACAGCAGAGGGAGGAGGCGCAUGGACGGGCGGCAGUGGGAUGACUAAUGGCCGGCACUCACUGCGUGCCCUGCUGACCGCUGCUCACCACCGCAUGCGCUCAUGCGUGGAGGGGGAGUGGGGGGCAAUGGGAACUGGAGGAUCAGGGAAGGCGAACGGAGUGCAGGGGACAGAGCCGCACAGCGCUGGCUGCAGCAGCAUGGCAGUCAACGCCAGUCAACGCCAGUCAAUGCCAGUCCUCGAAACCCACGCCCAUGCCAUCGCUGCCCUCAUGUUCAUUGCCUGCCCUUUGCCCGAGGCGCAUCCUCUUCCCUUCGCAUCUGGCUUUGUGGCAGAACAGCAGAGCCGUGCGGUGCAGCAGCACGGCAGUCAACAUGCCAACACCGGUCAACAACGCUCCUCGUGCUUGCACUCACUGUGUGUUGCUCCCUGUGCUGCAGGGGCGUGGUGGCUCUAUAUGCUGCACCGGCCUUGCUGUUCCAAGGAGAGGCAGUGGAGGGAGGAGGCGCAUGGAGGGGCGGCAGUGGGAUGA